GCGGUGGAAGGUCAUAGUGAAAAUAAGGUUGGUUUGAGUGUAGAGAGUUUGGUGGAUGAUGAACAGGGGGGUUGUUUAAAUGGGAGUGAGAUUGAGAUCGAUCGUUUUAAAAUGGAAAUUGAUCAGUUAUUCUUAGAUAAACAAAGCGUGGAUCCUGAGGCAGUUUCUGAAAUGCCACGUGGCAUCAGAUCUGUGAUGGAUUCGCCCUAUAAGGAUGACCUGAUCGAGAAUAACGACAAACGUGAUUCUCCUGCCCAACAAGUUACGAAAGCGACAAUUAAUGUCUUAACCGGGAUAGAGAAUGACACGUGUGAACAAUCAUUGCCUUCAAAGAUCCACAAAAUGCCAUUUGAGUCGACAUUUAGGGCUGCUUUACCAACAGAUUCUGUUCAAUGUUACAAGCAGAAGGAUUAUAACAAUGGUUUAUCUGAGAAGGGGGUUCUAAGCGAUGUGAAAGAGAAAGUUAAUCUUCUGACUGAGUUUGACAAGGAUAACUCCUGCCAACUGUUGCCAUCACAAGGCCGUGAAAUGGCCCAAGAAUUGACCUCAGUGGAUAAGUCAUCAAGAAAUUAUGACAGUCAGUAUGAUAUGAGCAACAGAUAUUCCGUUAUGAACGGGGUGCUAUAUAUGGUUUCGAAAGAGGAAAUGAACGUUCCAGGCAGGAUGCACCGCAUCUUAGAAUGCGAGGAUGAUGCUCUGUGCAAGGUUGAAGCUGAUAAGUGCAAUAGGACAUCGUUUUCACAGGGUGGUGAAAUGCCUCCAAAAUCAUCAUAUAUGGGUGAGGUCAUGAGCAAUCUUGACCUUCAAGAUCAUGAGAAGGCGGACAAGAAUGUCAGUGUCCUCACUGCAGACAAUUUUAUGGACCCUGUGGAAACGAAGAGUAACAUUGGUACGCUCAUUCAAGAGGUGCCUUCAAAUACAUCCUUGAGGGAUUUUGAGAAGUUGCAUUGUGCUGAUUUGGCAAGUAACUCUUCCCAGAAGACUAUGCAAAGUGAUAAUAAAUAUGUUGAUGGUCUCUCUACACAGAGCUUUACAGAGGUUUUGCAAGACAAAAAUAACGAUAACAACAAUCAAAGGGCUGAAACUUGCAUGCAGAUGCUACCUACAGAGGAAAAUGCUUCUACUUCACUGGAGGUAUCUUUGGACAGUGGCUCCUCAUUGAAGCUGGAUGGUCCAGAUAUUUUUGGAAAGGAUGUUAUGGGUUUUGUAAGUUCUUGCAGUACAGGUGACUGCUUUGAGUUGACAGGCACUGAAAGGAAACAUAAUGCUACAGUUGAUCAUCUCUCCGAAACUAAAUGUCCUGAUGCUGUCUUUUCGUAUUCUCGGAGAAGCAGUCGGGUAAGCAAAUUAAGCCAGAACGCUCAGACAAAAAGGAGUCUCAAGCAUUGUGGAAGAGUAACAAAAGUGCAGCACUCAAAAGAAAGUUCUGAUUUUAUCUUCAAUGCUCCAAGACAGCAGAGGAGCUCUGUCUCCAGAACAGCUCGUUCGUAUAAUUGGGGGCUAUUGGAGAAUAUUACACAAGUUUUCUGUCAGAGUAAUGAACUUGUAUCCAAUCAAGUUCAAAACCAAGCAGCAAAGAAGUCUUGCAGUCGCAAAGGUUGUAGAAGGCAGAAUAAGAAUCGGGCAAGUGGAAGUUUGCAGAGGUCAAGCGAAAAAAUUUUUGUGUCAGGUAGUUGCCUCCGUUUUAAGGUCAAAGUGGGAAAAGAAGCUGGUCUAAGUACCCUCAAUAUUAAAUUUCCACAUGUGCUUGAAAACUCAUCAUCAUUUAAUCCUCUGUUGAGGGAGGUUCAACUUGGAAUUUCUGGCGAGGCCGUGAAAGUGGAGACUUGUCUUGAAGCUAAAAUAUCUUGCAGUACAGGUGUUGAUAGACAUUCCACAGAAUCGAAGAGUUCCAGAGAUUUCUUUUCUUGUGAUGAAUCCAAGGGAUUCUCUUCCAGUAAAUCCAAGGGUCAUUGCCUUUCUAAAAGUUUAAAAUCUACAAAGAGUCAAAGAGGAACUGUUUCGGGAGAGAAAGUAUACCAGCGAAAAUCAAUUACUAAGAGCAAAGUCAAGGAGAAGGAUGCAUGUUACCAAGCCAUGGACAGAGUUGGAUGUGAUGCAGAGACAGGUUGUUACCUAUCAGGUGAUACUGGAAAAUAUAAUACAUGCAGCAUAGUCACCUCUGAAGAUGUAGCCAAUCUGAAUAUAGUAUCAGGUGGUGCAGACGAGCAACAUAAUACCUCUGAUAGUGCUUGGGUUCGGUGUGAUGAUUGUCACAAAUGGCGGCGGAUUACUGUUUCCCUUGCAAAGAUAAUUGAUGGGAAAUGUCGAUGGAUCUGUGAGGAUAACUUGGAUAAAGCUUUUGCUGGUUGCUCAAUCCCCCAAGAGAAGUCUAAUGCAGACAUUAAUUAUGAGUUGGGCAUAUCAGAUGCUGACGAAGAUGCAUAUGAUGCUCAUUUGAAUCACAAAGGGGUGCAGAAGGGAUUGGAAUAUGGGCUCUUACCAGUUCCACAAAAGGCAAGGUUUAAGGGUAUUAAUAGCAAUCAGUUUCUUCACCGUAGCCGUAGAAAGCAAACCAUUGAUGAGAUAAUGGUUUGCCAUUGCAAACCACCACCUGAUGGUGGUUUGGGUUGCGGAGAUGAGUGCCUGAAUCGGAUACUUAACAUUGAAUGUGUUAAAGACACCUGCCCAUGUGGUGAUAUUUGUUCAAAUCAGCAGUUCCAGCAGCGGAAAUAUCCAAAAAUGGAGUGGUUCAAAACUGGUAAGAAGGGUUACGGGCUGAGGGUGCUUGAGGAUAUAUGUAGAGGACAGUUCCUUAUUGAAUAUGUAGGAGAGGUCCUUGAUAUGCAAGCUUAUGAGGCAAGACAAAAGGAGUAUGCUGCUAAGGGUGAGAAGCAUUUUUACUUCAUGACAUUGAAUGGCAGUGAGGUAAUAGAUGCUGGUGCCAAAGGGAAUUUUGGGCGUUUUAUUAAUCAUAGUUGUGAACCUAACUGCCGUACUGAAAAGUGGAUGGUGAAUGGAGAAAUUUGUAUAGGGAUAUUUGCACUAAAAGAUAUCAAAAAGAGACAAGAGAUAACAUUUGACUACAACUAUGUAAGGGUAUUUGGGGCUGCUGCCAAAAAAUGCUACUGUGAUUCCCCACAUUGUCGGGGUUACAUAGGUGGUGAUCCACUCAAUUCUGAAGUAAUUGUUCAAGGUGAUUCUGAUGAAGAAUAUCCUGAACCUGUAAUGCUUGAAGAUGAUCAACGUAGAGAUUCACUGAGGAGACCAAUAUCUAGAACCCAUUCUCCUGAUGGUGCUGAAUUGCAAGUGACAGUUAACAUUAGAAAAGAGAGUGAGAAAAUGUUUAAUUCCAGAACUACUGUUCAACAAGUGGAUAAUACCACAGGAAUUGAGGAUUCUAUAGAUCGAUCUGCAUCUGCCAGUUCCCAAUUGCUAAGUUCUGUGGAAUUGGAGGAUUCACAGGGAAAACUUAAAUCACCUACUCAACUGGAAGAAGUUUCCCUGCCGACAGAAGAUGUAACAAGCAAACCCAUAGGUGCUGCCGAUCAGCAUGGAAUUUUGAUGGAUGUCGAGAAAACAAACAGACUUUCAUGUCCUACUCAUGCGUUUGAGGUUUCUUGUCCCAGUUCGAUGCUUAGCAAAUCGUCAUCUGAUGAAAUUGAUGCUAGCAAAAAGUCCAAGACAUCAGCAUUUGAAGACAAGCGAGUUUUGCCAAAAUCACAUCCUCGUCUGAAAACUUCUAGAUCAUCUGGUUCUGUUAAGAAAGGAAAAAGUAGUAGCAGUAAUUCUACUGACAAAAACAAAGUUCAGGUGAUGAUGAGCAACAAAUCCCAAGUGAUACCUUUAAAACCCAGAAAAUCAAUUGAAGGUUCUUCUGGUGGCCAUGUUGAAACAGUUGAAGAGAAACUCAAUGAGCUUCUGGAUGCCGAUGGAGGAAUUAGCAAACGGAAAGAGGCUCCUAAAGGCUACUUGAAGCUUCUGCUUCUCACUGCAGCCUCUGGGGAUAGUGGCAGCCGCGAAGCAAUUCAAAGCAAUCGAGAUCUUUCAAUGAUCCUUGAUGCACUUUUGAAAACAAAAUCCCGAGUUGUACUGACUGAUAUAAUCAACAAAAAUGGUCUGAGGAUGCUACACAAUAUGAUGAAGCAGUACAGAAGGGAUUUCAAAAAGAUCCCGAUACUUCGGAAGCUUCUAAAGGUUUUAGAGUACUUGGCAUUGGGCGAGAUAAUUAAAUUGGAGCAUAUUAGUGGAGGUCCUCCUUGUCCUGGAAUGGAGAGCUUUACAGAUUCAAUCUUGUCACUGACAGAGCAUGAUGACAAACAGGUUCAUCAAAUUGCAAGGAACUUUCGAGACAGAUGGAUUCCAAGAGCUUUUAGAAAACAUGCUUACAUGGACAGAGAUGAAGGCAGAAUGGAACUUCACAGAGCUCCAAAUUACAGCAGGGUUUCAGCAUCUCAUAAUCAUUGGCAGGAUCAGGGUGUAAGGCCUACAGAAGCAAUAGACUGCAUCAUGCAAAUAAAGGCUAUAACUUCUGUUGUUAGUGCUCCCGUUCAUGAUAUCUUUCCCGAGUCUUGUGUCAGUGCUUGCCAAAGCAAUGGUACCAAAGUACGAAAGCGUAAAAGCCGAUGGGAUCAACCAGCGGAGAAAAACCCAGAUUCAAGUUCUCCUCAGGGCAAGGAACGUAAGAUUGAGUCAGGGUUGCCUCAGCAAAUUGCAUCCAACCAGUUAACAGUUUCAAGUGAGGCAGUACACAGUCGGCUAGCCAAUGUGAGCCGAGUUGAGAAGGAUGGACCCAGCUGUCAUCAGAACUGCUGUCAACAAGAUGAACCUAUUAUUUCUGACAAUGGAAGGCAGAAUAUGCAGGAGGAUAUCCCACCUGGAUUUUCUGCUCCUUCUAACCCACCUCCAGUUUCAUCUGCUAAUCUUUCCUACCUUAAGUGUCCACCGGAUGUGGUUGUUGUGCAUCCACAAAAGAAAUUUAACUCCCGUUUUUCUGUCUCAUAUGGAAUUCCAUUGACUGUUAUGCAGCAGUUUGGCUCACCGCAUACUGAAAUUUCAGGGAGUUGGGCUGUUGCUCCAGGCAUGCCUUUUCAUCCCUUUCCUCCUUUACCCCCAUUUCCUCCUGGGAAGAAAGAGCCUUCAGCUUCUUGUGCUGUUAACUCUGUGACAAUCAAUGAACAUAAAGAAGGUGGACAAUGGCUAAGUUGCGGACCUCCAACUUGUCUUGUGGAUAACAGGACAAGCACAGCUGUUACCUACCAAGGAGAUGUAGAUGCUCCAGGUGUCAACACUCGAAGAGCAUUUAAGCGAAUGAGAGGAUCCUCUCAGGACCUGGGAAGGAGGUACUUCAGGCAGCAGAAGUGGAGAGUGCCUCCGUGGAUACGGAACGGAUUGGGAAGCACUGGAAACAAUACAAAAGGUGGGACAGGCAACAUAGAUGUAGGAAAUGUAACAAAUCAGCCCAGAGAUUCUUUUGUUCACAGGCCAUAAGCUGUAGAGUGGAGAAUUCUGGCUAUAAUUCUCAUCAAAAGAACUAAAUCCAACAUUGAUUUAUAGAAAAA